AUGAUCAAGAUUAUGGAAUUACUUCCAUAUAAGGAGAGACAAAAGAUUCUCACUCCACUCUAUUGUUCAAGAAGCCAGAAGAUGGACCCAGAGAGCAAGUUUGUAAGCAAAAUGAUAGCAGUAGUAGGUGGGGAAUUUCUCUCUGCUAUAACUCUGGAUUGCCAAACAGGAUUGCAGAUGAGGAAUAUCUUUGAUUGGAUAUUUUAUGGGAAUGAAAUGAACUUGAUUGUUGAUGACAGUACUGUUUCUGGAUUCACAUAUUUGAUGAUGUCAGCACAACUCAGGGAAUCAAUGGUGGCCUUAAGGUCAAGAUGGUUACAACCCCUGCUGCUCAGCAAGGUGGAGGGCUCCCAGGAUGUGGUGAGCAUGGCCGCGAUCGUGCCCAAGGAGGACGGGGUCAUCAGCGUCUCCGAGGACAGAACUGUCCGUGUGUGGCUGAAGAGAGAGAGUGGACAAUACUGGCCUAGCAUAUACCAUGCAAUGCCAUCUCCAUGUUCAUGCAUGUCUUUUAACCCGGAAACAAGAAGGCUGUCCGUAGGUCUAGACAAUGGUUCAAUCUCAGAGUUUAUUUUAUCAGAAGAUUACAACAAGAUGACACCAGUCAAAAGUUACCAGGCUCACCAAGGCAGAGUUAUGAUGAUUCUGUUUGUGCUGGAGAUGGAGUGGGUAUUGAGCACAGGACAGGACAAGCACUUCACAUGGCACUGCUCGGAGAGUGGGCAGCGACUCGGAGGGUACCGCACCAGCGCGGGGGCCUGUGGCCUGCAAUUUGAUGUUGAGACCCGACAUGUGUUUAUAGGUGACCAUUCAGGGCAGGUAACCAUUCUCAAACUAGAGCAAGAGAACUGCAGCCUUGUCACCACGUUUAAGGGACAUACAGGUGGUGUCACUGCUCUUUGUUGGGACCCAGCGCAGCGAGUUUUGUUCUCAGGCAGUUCAGAUCAUUCUAUUAUUAUGUGGGACAUAGGAGGAAGAAAAGGAACAGCCAUUGAAUUACAAGGACACAAUGAUAAAGUUCAGUGUCUCUCCUAUGCUCACCACACAAGACAGCUCAUCUCCUGUGGUGCAGAUGGUGGAAUUGUUGUCUGGAAUAUGGAUGUUGAGAGACAGGAGACACCAGAGUGGUUGGACAGUGACUCCUGUCAAAAAUGUGACCAGCCUUUCUUUUGGAAUUUUAAACAGAUGUGGGACUGUAAGAAAAUAGGCCUUAGACAGCAUCACUGCCGGAAGUGUGGAAAAGCAGUGUGUGGCAAAUGCAGCUCUAAGCGCUCCUCCAUACCACUGAUGGGAUUUGAGUUUGAAGUGAGAGUCUGCGAUAGCUGUCAUGAAUCAAUUACAGAUGAGGAACGUGCUCCCACAGCCACUUUCCAUGACAGUAAGCACAACAUUGUUCAUGUACACUUUGAUGCAACCAGGGGAUGGUUAUUGACUUCUGGGACAGACAAAGUUAUUAAGUUGUGGGAUAUGACACCUGUAGUGUCUUGAUACAUCAGUGGAACUUAAAAGGCGUUAUCUGCUGAGGAAAUGGAUUGCCUACACCUAAGCAUAUUGCAAAGAUAAAACGCUGUGUGUAUAUGGCAGAUAAGGAAGGAGCUAAUGCAUCUGUGAUGAUUUUUCAAGACAUCGUCUAGAUCAUGGUUGAACAUUUGCACGAAGACUCUAUUUCAACUUGUUCUCAAAAUAUCAGAAAAGGUAUUUUUUUAACUAACAGUUUGUACGAUCUGGCUAUGUUCAGUUAUUGUGAGUGUAUCUGGAAAAAUCUGUGUGUGCAAUUGAGUUUUUAUACUUCAUUAUGUUGCUAUAUUUGUUGCUUUGUGUGGAAGGGUUCUUUAUUUUGAAUCUGGACUUGUAAGAAAGUGUCCAAUCUCAAUGUACUGUACAAAGGAAUCAGAGUUCCCCAGAGAGAGUACCUAUUUAUUUGUGAUGUUUCUGCUGCUGAUGGCCUCUUCAGUGGAGACAUUUUGAGCAAGACCUUGCAUCUUUGCUUACUACACCAUAAAAGAUCUCUGGACCCUAUUGCAUGCUUCCAAAAAAAAGGGGGGGGCUCUUCCAUUUACUUUUUCUAACAAAUAUCACCUUGAGAUAGUAUUUUAUUGUUGCAUAAUAUGAAAUUCAGUUCCUUAUGCCCUCUCCUAUGUCACACAGGUUUCAAAAUCAAGGGGCUGGGUUGCUUAGCAACUAAUCUUACAGUAGCUGACACAAUUUUCCAGCCGAGAGCAUUUUCAAGAAGUGUCCAAACCAGUUUAUUUUCUGAGGCUGCGCAGGCUUGUUCAAAUUAAAGUAGCAGCAGCUUCUAGAACUGUGGAAUUUUAUAAAAAGGAGUCUAAACAGGCUUCGUUGGGCCCAGACAAGCCUGUUUCUUCCUCAUGAAGCAUCAUGUCAGUGUUUACAUCUGUCUCUCUUGCUGGAGAGAAUUUUAACUUUCCCAUUGCUGUUCCCCCACCCAGUUACUCAUAUUUAUUUUAAAAUUGCUGAUGGUUUUUAUUAAUUGUGUAUGUCAUCCUGAAACAAACAUUGCUGACUCACACCCAUUGUCCUAUUCGGUAGUUUCUUUUUAAUAAUAAAAAGUCAUUUUAAAAAAAUCACACUGGCACAAAUGACCUUUAUAAAGGGAUAUUGUCGAGGUUAAUAGGCAGGAAAAUUGCCCUCUUUUCACGGGCGUUCUAUCAGGAAGGCCCAUGCUUUCUGGAUUAUUUGACCGUUUCAUUUAUAAAUUAUUGUGGCUGCACUUGCAAGGAACUAAGUGGAAAGACUGUAGCAGGUACUGCAAGACCUUUCAUAUGGAGUUAUUGUUGAGUUAGGCACUGUGACUUGGGGACUUGGAUACACAACUAAUAAUCAGCAAGUCAGUGGCACAAGCAAAAUCUUUUUGGUCAUGAUGAAGUGACUUGCCCCUGUCUGUGCCUCAUGGAGCAUAAUGAUACAUACCCACCUUUGUAAAGCAGAUUGUAGUCUGCAGCUGUCAAGUACUGUAUAGUGCUAAGUGUGCUGUUAGAGCCCUGGAAACACCUACUCUUGCCCCUUGCCUGCAAAAAUUAAAAAAAAAGGGGGGGGGGAGAAUUAAUUAUAUUUUAUCAUCAGUUGUCAUUAUAAAGGGUAAGUGAGUAGGUGUGUGCACAUGCCAGGGCUGGUAAAUCUUCCUGACAGUUCUCUGUUUUGCAGUAUUUAUGUACAUUUAUAGGUUACCAGUCCUCAUUCUCCUGUUUAAAAUAACCCACUCUUGGUUUAUUGGGCAUGCAGCUCAUAAUCUGCUUUUCCUCUAAGCAGCCCUCAUGUAUAUUUUCAAACAUGAUGAUAAGCUUAGCUAAAAAAAUAGUUUCCAGUGUAAAUGUUAGUUCUUUUGCAAGCUAACCUGCAUUCUCUUAUGGUAGCUGGCUGCUGUUUUUAUCCUCCCACUGUAAAACCUUUCAAAGGUGGGUCAUUAUACCUGUUCCAUAUUUUAGGAUUACUGAAAUUUCUUCUGCUGUAAAAGCUGGGCAAGAUAAUUUUGUUUUUUGCCAAUAUCCAAACGCUUGUUGCUGCUAGAUUAUGCUAGUCCACAAUACCUUGGAAGGACUGGACUACUUUUCUAAAAAAAGAUCCACUUUGCUGCUGUUCUGACCAAGUACAUAGUAAUAUGGGUGAAAUAUUAGGCUAAACAAUUUGUACUCUGCAGAGUUAUGUCGACGUAAAACAGCGUAUGUUAACCUAACUUUGUAAACCGCUACACUGAAAUAUAGCUCCCGCCUAUGUAACUUGCCUACUACACUGACUUAAGUCUACUGCCACAGGAGAUGUAGUACAUCAGUCAACAUAAUUAGUUAGAUUGAUGCGGUGUCAGUGUAGAUAUUGAAUUGCUUACAUUGACUGUUGCUGCCUUAUCAGAAGCCAUCCCACAAUGCCCCACAUUGACAGUUUAAUUGGUACAAACUCUCAUGGAGAGGACUUGCACUGCUGACACAAGGAGCGUAGCAUGGGCUUGCAAGAGUGAUUUAAUUUUUGUGGUGAUGGUUUUGUUGACAUUGCUUAGAGCGUCUUUGGACAUAUCUAAGCUUCACAGCUAAGAUAAAUGCUAAGAGGGUAGCCCAACAUUUGGGGUAAAUUAUCGAACUUCCACUGAAGUCAAAGAAGCUAACAAUUUGUAUCAUCUGAGGAUUAGCCUUUCCUCAUAAGCUGUGUAAGUACAAAUCCAUUAGCAAGCAAAAAAUAACUCAGAGUUUUGACCCCUAAAAUGGAGAACCAGACUCCAACAUCCCACACACCCAGUUGCCUGAAAAAGGGUUUGACUGUACUUACUUCAUUACACUUUGCAUAGGCGUCAUCGUCUUAAUCAUUACAAUUUAAAUGCUGUGGCUGGAAGCCUGAGAGAACCAUUCCACAGGUUGGUUUAGAUUUUUGCUUCUACUUGUGCCUAGAAAAAUGUUUGAUGUAUUGGGCAAUUCAGAGUUCAGUCUUGUAACAAAGAUUUGUCUUGACUGGAGGACACGUGAGCUAAAGGGGAUCUGUUCUCCACUUGAUGUAAUCUUAUAGCUUUCAUUGGAGCUACGACUUGUGUACAUGAAAAGAAAAUAGACCUGUCUUGUUCGAACUGCAGCUCCUUUAUCUCCCACAUAAAAGUACAAGGAUUCGACACUGGGAGAGUUAAGCAGAAUGUCCAAUCUCUGUGAUGAGUAUCCGUUUCUUUCAGUCCUUUGAUCAGCAUGGAUCCCAGAAUUCUUGUUCUCUGAUCCAUUCUCACUGACCCUCAAGGCAAUUAAUAAAUUUAACCUUUUUCCUUAUACCUGAAGGUAAUGAAAGGGCAUAUUUCAACAAGGAUGUUAAAUUACACCAUAAGAAGUACAAGUGAGAAUCCUCCACUUUCUUGGGGUAGUUGAUUACAGUGGCAUUUUAUUUCAUUUGUGAUUUUUUUUUCUACUGCAUUGAAAGACUAUAGAAAACACUUGCCUUCAUCCACUCUUGAUUUAAAAUGUAACAGAUUUUCAUCUAUC